AUGGCUGUUCAAGACGAAAUGACCCCUGAUGCCAAGGGUCUGGAGGUGUCCAGCGCUGAAAAACGCCGCCGGUUGGCAGACAAGGUCCGUUUUCGCUCGAAUAAGGUAAACUCGCUGCGAGGCGACCACCACCACAGCGAUGAGGAGAGCAAUGAGGAGGUACAGGAGUCGGAGACGCCCGAUCUCAAGCGGCAGUUGAAGGAUAGACAUUUGCAGAUGAUUGCCAUCGGAGGAACAAUUGGAACCGGUCUGUUUAUCAGCAGUGGAACGGCCAUUGCGCACGCUGGUCCAGUCGGGGCUCUGAUCGCCUACAUCUUUGUCGGGACGAUCGUAUACUCGGUGAUGACCUCGCUCGGAGAAGUCGCGACGUAUAUCCCCACCGCCGGCGCCUUCACCUCGUAUGCAGCACGACUGGUUGACCCCAGUCUGGGAUUUGCCAUGGGAUGGGUCUACUGGUUCAACUGGGCUUCGACAUACGCGGUGGAAUUGACGGCCACCGGAAUGAUCGUCCAAUACUGGAAUGAGGACUUGUCGAUUGGCAUCUUCAUCGGGGUGUUCUGGGUGUUCAUCACACUGCUCAAUUUUCUUCCUGUCGGCUUCUACGGAGAGCUCGAGUUCUGGUUCUCGGCCAUCAAGGUGCUUACCGUGCUGGGUUUCAUGAUCUUCGCCAUCUGCAUUGAUGCCGGCGUAGGCAAGCAGGGCUACCUGGGGUUUCACACCUGGAAGGAACCCGGCGCGUUCGCACCAUACCUCAUCGAAUCGAAUGUCAAUACUGCCAAAUUCGUCGGAUUCUGGGCCGUCCUGAUUCAGGCCGGGUUCUCCUACCAAGGCACCGAGCUCGUGGGUGUCGCUGCCGGAGAGACCGAGAACCCCGAGAAGACGGUCCCCUCCGCCAUCCGCAAGACCUUCUUCCGCAUUCUCAUCUUCUUUGUCCUAACGAUCUUUUUCAUCGGUCUGCUGGUCCCCUACGACAACCCCAACCUGGUCACUGCCACCUCCAACGCCUCCGCCUCCCCCAUGGUCAUCGCCGCCAAUCUCGCCGGCGUCCAGGUUCUCCCCGGCCUGAUCAACGCCGUGCUCCUGACCGUCGUCCUCUCCGCCGCCAACUCCAACGUCUACAGCGGUAGCCGCGUGCUCCUCGGUCUCGCGCGCGAGGGCUUCGCACCCCAAUGGUUCGCCAAGGUCACCCAACGCGGCGUGCCCUACAUCAGCGUGGCCUUCACCGCCGCCUUCGGGCUCCUCGGCUUCCUGAACCUCUCCGAGUCCGGCGGCAAGGUCUUCAACUGGCUGGUCAACAUCUCCGGCGUGGCCGGCUUCAUCUGCUGGGCAUCCAUCAACGCCUGCCACAUUGCGUUUAUGCGCGUGCUGGCCGCGCGCAAUAUCUCCCGCGAUACCCUGCCGUACAAGGCCAUCUGGCAGCCGUGGCUGGCCUACUACGGGCUUUUCUUCAACGUGCUGAUUAUCUUCACGCAGGGGUUCACCGCGUGGAUUCCGACGUUUGAUGUCUCGAGUUUCUUCGUCGCGUAUGUCUGUCCGAUUCUGUUUGUCGUGCUGUAUCUGGGCCAUAAGAUCGUCUUCCGGACGACGCUUGUGGAUCCCCUCGAGGCGGAUCUGGAUACCGGACGCGUCGAGACGAAGAGUACCUCGUGGGAGACCUCUGCUCCGGACAAGGGGUGGUUUGAGAGGGCCAAGGGUCGGUUUAUUGGCUAG